UUUACUCUUUCCCACUAACUUUAGAUUGUGAAUAAGUGGAAUACAGCUCUCAUCGGCCUUAUGACAUAUUUUCGAGAGGCUGUAGUGAAUACUCAGGAACUCCUAGACUUAUUGGUAAAGUGUGAAAACAAGAUCCAGACACGAAUCAAGAUUGGAUUGAACUCCAAGAUGCCAAGUCGGUUCCCCCCUGUUGUGUUCUACACUCCUAAGGAGCUGGGUGGGCUUGGCAUGCUCUCAAUGGGUCAUGUGCUCAUCCCCCAGUCUGACCUCAGGUGGUCCAAGCAAACCGAUGUGGGUAUCACACACUUCCGUUCAGGAAUGAGUCAUGAAGAAGACCAACUGAUUCCCAAUUUAUACCGCUACAUACAGCCGUGGGAGAGUGAGUUCAUUGACUCUCAACGGGUCUGGGCUGAGUAUGCACUCAAGAGACAGGAGGCUAUUGCUCAGAACAGACGGCUGACUUUAGAGGAUUUAGAAGAUUCAUGGGAUAGAGGCAUUCCACGGAUCAAUACCCUGUUCCAGAAGGACCGGCACACAUUAGCUUAUGAUAAAGGCUGGCGUGUCCGAACUGACUUCAAGCAGUAUCAGGUUUUGAAGCAAAACCCCUUCUGGUGGACACAUCAGCGGCAUGAUGGCAAGCUCUGGAACCUCAACAACUACCGCACAGAUAUGAUUCAGGCCCUAGGUGGCGUGGAGGGCAUUCUGGAGCACACUCUCUUCAAGGGCACUUACUUCCCUACCUGGGAAGGUCUGUUCUGGGAGAAAGCCAGUGGCUUUGAGGAAUCCAUGAAGUGGAAGAAGCUAACCAAUGCUCAGCGAUCAGGAUUAAACCAGAUUCCUAAUCGUAGAUUCACCCUCUGGUGGUCCCCCACAAUCAAUCGAGCCAAUGUAUAUGUAGGCUUCCAGGUACAGCUGGACUUGACAGGAAUCUUCAUGCAUGGCAAGAUACCCACACUGAAGAUCUCUCUUAUCCAGAUAUUCCGAGCUCACCUGUGGCAGAAGAUCCAUGAGAGCAUCGUGAUGGACUUAUGUCAGGUGAGAGAUCACAGAGUCAUACCAA